UCCGGUGUCCGGCUGUGCAGCCGGGGCCGCCGCCGUACCUGAGCUCAGCGGGACGAGGCCAUCGCCGCUCGGUGCCAGCUGCCCUUGCCAUGGCUUCCCCCUGGCUCCAGCUCUGGAUCUUGCUGCAAGCCUCCUGCCUCUGCCUGGCCCAGAUCAGAGGGCCACCAGGAGAGCCUGGCCCACGAGGGCCCCCCGGUCCCCCAGGAGUGCCAGGAGCCGACGGCAUCGAUGGUGACAAAGGCCCUGCUGGUGCCCCUGGGUCCCCGGGCAUCAAGGGGGAUCCUGGAGCCCCUGGUCCGGAUGGACCCCCAGGGAAGCCUGGCAUCGAUGGCCUGACAGGAGCCAAAGGGGAGCCAGGAGCCAGCGGUGGGCCAGGACUUAAAGGCCAGCCUGGACUCCCAGGGCCACCAGGGCUCCCUGGUCCUUCCCUGCCAGGACCACCUGGGCUCCCAGGCCAGGUUGGGCUUCCUGGAGAGAUUGGAGCGCUGGGGCCCAAGGGUGACCCUGGCCCCGAUGGCCCCCGGGGCCCCCCAGGUCCUCCAGGGAAGCCAGGCCCCCCAGGACACAUCCAAGGACUGGAAGGCAGUGCUGACUUCUUGUGCCCCACCAGCUGCCCACCAGGUCCCAAGGGCCCCCAGGGACUGCAGGGACUGAAGGGACACAGAGGCCGCCCUGGUGCCCUCGGGGAGCCUGGCAGGCAGGGCAGGCAGGGUCCCAAGGGUGACAUUGGCCUGUCUGGAGAGCAAGGCAUCCCAGGCCCUCCGGGUCCCCAGGGCCCGAGGGGCUAUCCUGGGACGGCAGGACCCAAGGGUGAGACGGGUCCUGCUGGCUACAAGGGGAUGGUUGGCACCAUCGGAGCAGCCGGGCGGCCGGGCAAGGAAGGGCCCAAGGGACCACCUGGGGACCCUGGUGAGAAGGGAGACCUGGGUGGCCGUGGCAUCAGGGGUCCCCAAGGAGACAUUGGCCCCAAGGGGGAGAAUGGCCUGCCGGGCAUCGACGGCAAGGACGGCAGCCCGGGCAUCCCCGGCCUGAAGGGCAGCGUGGGGCAGCCUGGCCACCCGGGCACACCAGGACACCGGGGCCAAGCUGGCUUGCCAGGCCAGCCAGGAAGCAAAGGUGGCCCAGGAGACAAGGGUGAAGCAGGCGCUCGGGGGCAGCCCGGUGGCACCGGGGCACCAGGGCAGGUUGGUGAGCCUGGACCUCGUGGUGAGCAGGGACCUCAGGGUGUCCCCGGGCUGAAGGGUGACCGAGGGGAGCGUGGCCCUGUGGGCCCCCCAGGAGAGCAGGGAAGAGUGGGACCAAAGGGCGAGCAGGGUCCCCCAGGAAUCCCAGGACCCCAAGGCUUGCCAGGAGUCAAAGGAGACAAGGGCUCCCCAGGGAAAACUGGCCCCAAAGGCAGCACUGGAGACCCUGGUGUCCAUGGCCUGGCAGGGCUGAAGGGAGAGAAGGGUGAAUCAGGAGAGCCAGGGCCAAAGGGGCAGCAAGGCAUCCCGGGGGAGCUGGGCUUCCCUGGCCCCUCAGGGGAUGCUGGAGCACCCGGGGUGAGAGGCUACCCGGGCCCCCCCGGGCCGCGAGGACUGGUCGGGGAGCGCGGCGUGCCGGGGAUGCCCGGCCGGAGGGGCGUGCCGGGCCGGGACGCUGGGGACCAGCACAUCGUCGACGUGGUGCUGAAGAUGCUGCAAGAGCAGCUGGCUGAGGUGGCUGUCAGCGCCAAGAGAGCUGCCCUGGGUGGAGCUGGUGCUGUGGGACCCCCUGGACCGCCCGGCCCUCCGGGGCCACCCGGCGAGCAAGGCCCACACGGACCCAUGGGCCCCCGAGGUGUCCCUGGCAUCCUGGGUGCUGCUGGGCAGAUUGGCAAUGUAGGACCUAAAGGGAAACGAGGUGAGAAGGGGGAGAGAGGAGAGGCUGGACGUGGCCACCCAGGCAUGCCAGGGCCCCCAGGGAUCCCAGGUCUCCCUGGCAUCCCUGGGCACGCUCUGGACGGCAAGGCUGGCGAGAGGGGCUUGCCAGGCUCCCCAGGGGAGGCUGGCCGCCCGGGCUUGCCCGGUCCUGCCGGUUUGCCGGGGUUCUGUGACCCAGCAGCCUGCCUGGCGGCCUCGGCGUACGCCGCCGCGCGCCUGCCCGAGCCGGGGGCCGUCAAAGGACCAAUCUACUGAGGGGGCACCAGGGCACAGCUGGCCAGCAGGCCCACGCCAGGCCUGGCACCAAAGGCACCACAAAACUGCAAAGCCCCAGGGAGCAACCUCCUGAGCCCAGCCCAAGCUGUGGGAGGACGUUGGCCUCGGGGCAGCCACCCGAGGGGGGGAAACACAGCCGGGGGAGCUUCAUCUGGUGGAGGCAUCGCCUCCUACUCGCAGCUUGGAGGACACUGGAGAAGAAAGAGAGGUCACCCCAAGGCCUGCCCUCGUUGCUUGGGGUCAUCACCUGCCUCCUUUGCCCAUCCCCAGCCCCCCUUCCCCAGAGAAAUAAAUUGUC